AUGGGGAACUCUGCUGAAGGAUAUGCCAAUAGCACAUCCAUAACUCUCACUUCCCUCGCUGUGCCCAAACCGUCCCCUAACCAGAUCCUGAUCAAGGUCAAAGCAGCCUCGUUAUGUCACACCGACACGAUGGUCUCCUCCGGGAUAUUCGAGACGGACUUUCCUAUGGUAGCGGGCCAUGAGGGUGUGGGUGAAGUGGUAGAUAUGGGUGAAGAGGCAAGGAAAGAUGGAUGGAAGGUUGGUGAGAGGGUAGGAGCGUUAUUAAAUUCUGGUGGAUGUGGUAAUUGUGCUGAAUGUAGAUAUCACAGUAAACGAUAUUGCCCGAAAGCGUCAAUGCUGAGAUUGAAAGGUGAAAAUAGAGUAUUUGCGGAAUACGUUCUAGUGGAUAAAGAUUGGACGGUCAGAAUACCUGAUGGACUAAGCUACGAGCAGGCAUCUCCGCUGACCUGCGCAGGAGUGACGAUCUACUCUGCUAUUCAAAAACUCGAGUUGUCCCCUGGGAAUGUUUUAUUGAUCUGCGGAUUGGGAGGUUUGGGUAGUCUCGGCGUUCAGAUCGCUAAAGCCCAGGAUUUGAGAGUGAUCGGAGCAGAUGUCAAUCAAUCUGCUCAUGAUUUUCUCUUGACCCUCCCAGAAAAGCUCAGACCUGAUUUGCUUCUCAACCCCAAAUACGAUAAAGCCCAAGACCUAUCAUUGGAAAUAGGAGCGUUAAGGGACGCCGGAUAUGAUUCUUUCGAUGGCGUAGAUGCCGCUAUCAUCUGUACCGAUUCCCCUUCUGCAAUUUCCUACGCCAUCUCCUUACUCAGACCACACUCAAAGUUACUCUUAACUGCUGGACCGAUGGAUCCAAAUUUCUCUCUACUUGAUUUCCUAUUCAAGGAUAUGACUGUCCUAGGUGCAUUGAAUGGUACUCGGAAUCAACUCAAGGAGACAAUGGAGUUAUGUGCGGAAGAGGGAAUUAAAAGUAAUAUCUUCAUUGAACGAUGGGAUGAGGGAAGGAGAGUGGAGAGGAUCAUGAGUGGACAUGCGAGGGGUAAAGGGGUUGUGAAGAUGUGA